CCCAAGAAGAAAGCAGUGCGCAUUACGCACUCUGCCGUAUCCAAAACUUUAUACGUCUCGUACGAUACAGCUCUUUGUACUCAAUUUCGUAUCUCCUCUGAAAUCUCAGGAAAACCCUAACCCUAGUUUUUGAGUCAUUCACUUGCAAAUGAAUUUCUUCAAAUCCAUCUUAUCAGACGAUACGAACCCUCCAAAAUCCGAGAAUCCCCAAAAGUCUGAUCCCAAUUCCCCCUCAAACCCAUCCUAUAAACACUACGACGAGAACGACGCCAUUGACCAAGAUCAGAGCUGCCGGUCACACGGCCAACCUAAUUCAAACCCUAACUCGACCGAUGGUGGUGGCUGGGGUGGGUGGAGAUUCGGAGGUCUAAUCCAGAGCUAUGCGACCCAAUCGGGGUCAGUACUCCAGACCUACCGUCGCGAUCUCAGAGAAUUUGGGUCGGGGUUGAAGAAAGAAACUUCUUUGUUUCGCGAAGUUGCAAGCCGAGCCGUGAAGGACCUCCCGUAUUCGAUUGAAGCGGCUCACGAAGUAAUCGAUGGAGUACUCAAGUCGACUGCCAAGAUCAUCUCCCACCGUAAAGAAGCCCUUCUUUCCGCCUCCGAUUUCCAAAACGAUACGCCUGAUACGAGUUCAAGUUGUAGUUCGAGACGGUAUAGUAGAUUCGAUGCGCUAUUAAGAACUAUUCAGAGUGACGUUAAAACUUAUUGUGAAGAACCUGAGAAUUUGGAGGAUUACAAUAAUUGGAAAUUAGGGUUUGUGUUGGAGGAGAAGAGUCAGGAAGUUGAGAAUUUGAUUGGCGACAGUGGAGCUUUGGAAGGUAUCUAUAAAAGGGUUGUGCCGAAUGAGAUUAACCAUGGUACAUUUUGGUCUCGGUACUUCUAUAGAGUCCAUAAGCUUAACCAACAAGAGAGUGUGAGAGCUAAUCUUGUAAAGAGAGCAGUUUCGAUUAAUGAUGAAGAAGAAUUGACUUGGGAUGUUGAUGAUGAGGAUGAUAAAGAGCAAGAGCUUAAGGAGUCUUCAAAAGGUGAGGAACUGGAACAUAACAAAGUCCUAAGUGAAGAUUGGCCGCAAAUGAUGAAGGGAGACAGUUAUGAGGUAUCACAGAGUGGAAGUUCUAGGGUUGAUGGUGGGAAGGAAGAACAUAAUUCCAAUGUGGGGAAGGCUGAUCAUGGUGAAUCUUGUAGAUAUUGUGCUAUAUCCAUUGUAUCCAGUCAGCAGUCAGUGCCAGACGAGGAAGAGCUUGGGUGGGAUGAGAUUGAGGAUGUUGGGAGCAGUGAUGAAAAGAGGGUCACUGGCGGUGGGAGCCUGAACAGAGCUGAGCUACGGAAGCGACUGAGUGCUGCAGAAGAAGAUGAGGAUUUGACUUGGGAUAUUGAAGAUGAUGAUGAGCCUGUGAAAGCUUGA